AUGGAGGACGCGAAUCCGGGCGCUGGCAGCACGCUUGACGAUGUGUCUGGGGUCUUCUUGACGGAAGCUCGAAUUGCCAAUGGCAAAUUCGCGUUGCGCGAGAUCAAUGACAUGGAGCCAGUGGUGUCGGGCAUCUCUCAGAUGUCACAGUCCACAUUGCUGCUCAAAAAGCGUAAAGAGAUGCGUGAAAUUGAUGAUGCUUUAGACUUUAUGAAAGAGGAGUAUGCUCAGCGCAUGGAGGCGUGUGACGCCCGACAACGCGAGUUGGAGCGGAAACAGGCUGAAAUGAAAGAACAGGUGGCACGAUUUGAGAAGUUUAUCAAAGAGAACGAUUCAAAGCGAACACGAGCCGAGCUAAAGACUAAGAGCGAGCACCGAUUAGGAGAAAUCAACGAAUCUCGCAAGAGGCAGCUUGUCACGCAAUUAGAAAAGGACGGGCGAGAGCGCGGAGCUCUAGAACGCAAACGUGACCAGCUGCUGAAAUAUCGUCAAUACCUCGAAGCUGCGGUGGAAGCGUCCGACGGGGAGUUCGAAGAGAUAGGCGACAUACUCAACCGACACGCCACACUUGUGGAUACUAACAACGACUUGAAGGCCCAAGUGCGGGCUGCAGAGGUCGAGACUGACCAACUUCGCCAGCGUAUUCGAGCUUUGAAAGUGGAGAUGCAAAACAUCGUUCUCGUACAGAAUAGUAGUAUUCAUGGACAGCAGCAACAGCUUGAAACUUUACGCUCCGAAGCAUUGCGAUUGGAUCUGGACAGACAACGCAAUGACCGCGUAGCCAACGACCGAAGCCGCGAGUCUGGACAGAUUGUGCUUACAGUGACCAAUCUCUACAGUCGACUUAAUCUCGGCGACAAGCUGCCAGUGCUGCGUCAUCGCCUCUCGAAUCGUGGACCUUGA